CACACACACGCGCGCGCGCGCACGCGCGCACACACACAGUGAUGGGAGACUUAACGGGGACGUUGCCUGUUGCUCGUGCUGUCAGGAUGUUCUACAGGGACCCUCCUGCUGAUUAUCACUAAAGCUGACAUGCAACUGAUAAACUUAAUCAUUUCAGACAUUGCAUUUGUUUCAGUUCUGGAGGACAAACGCAAAACCAAGCAAAUGGACGGUGCACACACGGACACACACGGGCUCGCGUAAUAAAGUGCUGUUUGGGAUCCUGAAUAUUGACGCUUAAUGAAAAGGACGACUGGCCGCGUUUUAUGCGUCAUGCACUCUGUAAAGCCUUAGCCCCAGAAUCAAGCACUGAGCCAAGACAACGUGCUUUUGUAGCGCGAGGCUUCUGCGCUAAUGUCUUUUAUUCGGGAUUAAUCACGGGGUAAAAUCGGCUAUAUUCGCGCGUGGACUUUUUUUUUUUUGAUGCUGAAGCGAAAAGCAUGGCGAGCGAUCUGAAACCACGGCUUUGCUGCAUGACCAAAGGUGAGAAUGGCUACGGGUUUCACUUGCACGGAGAGAAGGGAAAAACCGGCCAGUACAUCCGCAAAGUGGAGCAUCCUUCUCCAGCCGAGGAGUCAGGACUGCGCGCGGGGGACCGAGUGGUGGAGGUGAACGGGGAAAAUGUUGAGAGAGAAACCCAUCAGCAAGUGGUGCAGAGGAUCAAGGCAAUGGAGCACGAAACCAGGCUGCUGGUGGUGGACCGUGAGACGGAUGAGUACCUGCGCAGCCUGCGCCUCACCUGCACAGAGGACAUGGCUGUGCGAGUCAGUCCAUCAGCCUCUUCCUCCUCCCCUCCCCCGACCCAUAGCAAGCGGGAGAACAACUCUGUGUCCAAACUGCCAACCAGUCGUGAGAUACCCAAACCCAGCAGGAGGUCCCCGUCACGGGCUACCAAAAAGGAGGCUCCGGUGAUGCCGUCCGUUCCAGCAGACGUGUCCGAGCUUGUCCCCAGGCUGUGUCACCUGGUUCGGGCAGAAACAGGAUACGGCUUCAACCUGCACAGUGAGAAGUCCAGACCGGGUCAGUACAUCCGCUCUCUGGAUCCUGGCUCUCCAGCUGACCGUGCAGGCCUCCGACCACAGGACAGACUGAUCGAGGUGAACGGGGUGAACAUUGAGGGCAUGCGUCACGCCGAGGUGGUGGCCUUCAUCAAGCGCGGAGGGGACGAGACCCAUUUACUGGUAGUGGAUCCAGACACGGACGAGCAUUUCAAAAAGCUGGGCAUCACCCCCAGCAGCAGCCAUGUCAAAGGAUUCGAGGGACAGACUAUUACUAACGGCUCACCAAAUCCUCGAGUCAAUGGCCACUCCACCCAGUCAGCACACUCCGACCACAGCAGUCAAGACACCAGCACGCAGAACUCCGAGGAUGGCGAUAGCCACUCGCUGGACCCUUUCGCAGAGAUCGGUCUGAGACUGAGCCCCACAGCGGCGGAGGCCAAAGAGAAAGCACAUGCCAAGCGUGGCAAGAAGAGGGCACCACAGAUGGACUGGAAUAAGAAAUAUGAGAUUUUUAGCAAUUUCUGAACGUACACAGUUUCACACACUCCGCAGUCCAGACCUCCACCCCAUAACAUCCCCCCCACACCACCCCCCGACCGCUCCUGUCAUGACUGACUGCUUUUAAGGGUGAAGGCUGUUAUUUUUGUAGAAAAAGAAAACCAGGAAAAAAAUAUUUUUAAAGGAUGAUUGGAGCAGGCACAGGGGAAAGGCCUCAGUCUAUUUUUUCACUCAUUUUUAACUGGAAAAGACUUUUUUAAAAACCUGAUUCAGAACUGUGAUGAAAAAGGGCCAACAAGAACAUGAAGAAGGGAAGAGAAACAAGAAAGAUCUUUAGGGUUUUUUUUGUUUGUUUGUUUGUUUCAUUUUUUUUUUAUAUUGCUUUUACUUAAGUUUACUGCUUCUGCUAUGACCACUUCAGACUGAAUUUUUACAAGAGUAGUGGAUUGAUUGUACUACAAAACACACCAGAAAGUUAAUAGCUCUUAAGUUAAAGUUAAAGUUAACAUCUCUUGGUGUCUCGUCGAUCAUCCCUGCUGCUCUCGGCUCAGGUUGACGGAAAUCCUGAGAAGGGAAAAAAGGAUAUGAAUGACUUCUAGCACUGGCUCUUUUAGAAGGACAUGUCAAUUUGAAGUGCGAUGCGUAUGUUCUUUAUAAAUCAGUAUUACAUAUAAAAGAAUUGGUCUGAUUUUGACCCUCCUUGAAGAGGCAUGUCAGAAUAAUCAGCCUUUGUUUACGUACCAGGAGGUUAAAUCAAGCAAAUAAACUGAAAGUACGUUGUUAGGACGAGUGAGGCAGGUACAUAUGUAAACAAGGGUGUAUCUGGUGACUAUUAAACACUAGAGGGCAUCAUUGAGGUAGGUUUAUUUGAAUCAUGGAAGUAACUUAAGCACAGAGGCAGAACUUGCAUUAGAGGGAACCAUUUAAAAAGUCACGUGAUUAGAUGUUCAUUUGUACAAUGAAAAUGUGUCCUAUAUCAACUCAAUGCUAAGCCUAACCCUGACGCUGUGUUGCUUUCUCGAACAAAUCAUUCAUGGAGAUGAAACUGAAACACUGUGUAAACCAAAAUUCCUGAGACUAAAUCAAAAGAAGUAAAGGAAACAAUCAAACAAGUCAUUGUACAGUAACCUAAUGAAGUGAUUGGAGCUUGAUAGACUUUUACUUUUACUGAUGAUGUACUGAUGAUCGUGGCUGCAGUGUGUAGUAUCUGAUCCGCAAACGGACGAAGGACGUCACGAACUCAUAGUGACGAGAAGCUCCUGCAGGAUCCAUAAGCUAAUGAAAAUUCAAGACAUUUAGGGCAUCUGCUGCUUUUAAGGCAAGAGCGCUUGUAGAAAUGUUCAGAUGACCACUCACAGCCUCUGACAAUCAGAACGGCCUGAACUGUGGUACGGUCUAAAACGCCAGCUAUGCUUGGGCUUCUGUUGGAUGAGUAAGAAAGAUCAGUUCUGAUGUCCGCUGAAGUACCUUUCAAUCUGCGUAUAUAACAUCAUUAUUUUAUCUUAUACCCAUGCAUAUUAGCAACGUUGCUGUAUUCCAUUUACACAUCUUUUUUUUUUACUCUACUAUAGUUUUCUUCUUAUGUUUGUUAGCGUCAUUGUGUUUUUGCUGUAGUUUUAUUUUUUUCCUGACAGUGUAUGCAUUCAGACUGCUGUAUGCUCAUGUAUAUUCACUAUGGGAAUAUAUGCCAGGUUGCAUUUUAUUUUAUUUUUUCCAAUAAAGUGUGAUAUUCGCACAUGCUGACAUUGUCAACAAGUGAGUUUAGCACAAGUGAUACUAAA